AAGGCCAGGCCUCCAUCUAUUCUUUUCAUGCGCUGCUUUUUUUUUCUCCUCCCCUUUCCUUUUCUCUCUCUAGCUUUGCCUUUUCCUUGGCCCCCUUUUGUAUCAUUUCCUCCUCCUUCCUCCUCCUCUACUCCAAAUCAAUCUAGUACUAGUACUACAAUGGUCGUAGGGUCAUGUGGUUGAUGUGCAUGGGGAUGAGGAGCCGCUGCUUUGAUUUGAGGUGCCCAGCCCAAACAUGAUUCUGUGAUUAUUUUUCUGCGCCAUUCUCUCUUGCAGCAGCCGGCCCUCUCACCAGUCUCAUGCAUCAUCAGGCUGUUGAAUCUCUGUAGAAGAAGGUGGGCAGCCCCCAAGCCCGCCCACGCUCUUUUUGUUCUCCCACCUUUUCCUUUUGUUCCUCCCCCUAUUGACCACUCCUCCCCUCCCCACCACCACCAUUGCCCGAGUGAGAUCUUCUCCCUUUAAGUAGAUAGAGAGAGACGUACUAUAUCCAAGCUAUAUUGCUCUUCCGUCUUGUAGGGUUGGUUCUUGGCAUUGGGCUCGAGGACUGGAUGCAAACAGGCAGUUGGUGCUUCUUGCCAGCUGCAGGGAGGUGGUACUACUAAAAAACGUGAUACGUCUUCAGGGGCGUUACAUGCGCAUGGCGAGCAGAUAACUCAGAUAAGGACCUGAUGAACUCAGCCGUAUUUGGUGCCUGCAUUUCCCCUGCCUAGGCGGUGGAGCGCAAUUGAAGAACCAAACCAAGAUCACUGAAGAGCUGUACGAGCGAGUGGUCGGUCAGCUAGCUCGAUCGCCAUGAGCAGCUUCGCGGGUCAGCAGUCAAGGCCGUGGAUGGGGGACGCCGCCGCCGCCACCCCGUCGGGCGACGCGCGGGACGACGGCGCCUCCUCCAUGAAGGACCUCGGCUCCUCCACCAACGCCAGCGCCAUCUCCUUCGGCUUCGCCGCCACCGCCAUCCUCAUCGCCAUGUUCCUCCUCAUGGCCAUAUUCGAGCACCUCAUCAAGCCCGGCUGGGCGGCCUCCCGGGGCUCCCGCGGCGGCAGCGACAACGGCGACGGCGACGUCCACGGGCGCCACGCCCAGCCGCCGCACCCCGGCCGGCACCCGCGCGACCACGGCUCGCCGGAGAAGCUCGCGCCUCCGCCCAAGAUGGAGGCGGUGGUGGCGGCGGCGGACCUGACGGUGGUGAUGCCGGGGCAGCGGUACCCGACGUUUCUCGCGCAGCCGGCGCCUCUCCUGCUUCCUUGCACGAGAGAAGGCGUGCGUUGGCCGCCUCACGAUGACCAUCGCCGUCCCUUUCUGCCGCCAUGACUGUCUUCGGGCGGAUACGUGCGUGUCUGUCAUGUUUGCCUGUAAUCUGUAUAGAGCUAGAGCGAGUGUAUGGUGAGAAACGCCGGAGUUGCUGGUAUGUGCGCGAAGGAAAAUGCUGGACCGAUGGUAGUAGAUGAGCAGCAUUCAAUUCAUGUCCAGUUAGUCUCGCCUCUUGGUCGAAUGCCUUUCUUCAUGUUAUGAUCUUCCAUCUGAAUGAGUGGAUCGAGUGGCAUUCUUCUAA